UCCUGCCGCUUCCUUCCCUCCCGCUGGGCCCAGGCAUUGACUCCUUCCAGGCGCAGGGGCAGCCCUGUCCCCACUGGCCCUCGAUGCCCAGGGACGCUGCCACUUGCCCCCAACGGCCCUCCCCACCCGCGGCUUGGAGGAGCCCGUAGCCCCCUGGCCUGAGGAAGCGCGGCUGCUCCCCCCACGCUUCCCCCAGGCUCAGAAUCAACAGGCAGCUGGAGAUGGAUGUGCUCCCGCUACUGCUGGCGGCUGCUGCGCUGUGGGCCGGGGCUGGGGCCCUCAUCAACCUGAAGUACUCUGUGGAGGAGGAACAGCGAGCGGGCACCGUGAUCGCCAACGUGGCCAAGGACGCGCGUGAGGCUGGCUUCGUGCUGGAUCCGCGGCAACCCGCCGCCUUCCGCGUGGUGUCUAACUCCGCACCGCACCUGGUAGACAUCAACCCCAGUUCGGGCUUGCUGGUGACCAAGCAGAAGAUUGACCGGGACCUGCUGUGCCGCCAGAGCCCCAAGUGUGUGAUCUCGCUGGAGGUAAUGUCCAGCUCCAUGGAGAUCUGCGUGAUCAAACUGGAGAUCAAGGACCUAAAUGACAACGCGCCCAGCUUCCCCACAGACCAGAUAGAGCUGGAGAUCUCAGAGACAGCCAGCCCAGGCACGCGAGUGCCACUGGAGAGUGCCUACGACCCUGACUCGGGCAGCUUUGGCGUGCAGAGCUACCAGAUCACCCCCAAUGACCUCUUCGGCCUGGAGACCAAGAUACGUGGCGAUGGGUCCCGCUUCGCCGAGCUGGUAGUGGAGAAGAGCCUGGACCGUGAGACCCAGUCCCACUACAGUUACCUGAUCACGGCCCUGGAUGGUGGUGAUCCUCCCAACCUGGGCACCGUGGAGCUGAGCAUCCGGGUUAUCGACUCCAACGACAACAACCCGCUCUUUGAGGAGCUGGCCUACACUGUGAGUGUGCCUGAGAAUGCGCCUCCGGGCACUCCCCUUCUUCACCUCAAUGCUUCCGACCCUGAUGAGGGUACUAAUGGGCAGGUCCUCUACUCCUUCCACAGCUACGUGUCUGAGCGUGCUCGUGACCUCUUUCAGAUCGACCCCCAGAGUGGCCUCAUCACAGUCAGUGGAGCCAUUGACUAUGAGGAGGGCCAUGUUUAUGAGCUGGAUGUGCAGGCCAAAGACCUUGGGCCCAACUCCAUCCCGGCCCACUGCAAGGUGACAGUCACCGUGCAGGAUGCCAAUGACAACCCGCCCCUCAUCAACCUGCUCUCAGUCAACAGCGAGCUGGUGGAGGUGAGUGAGAAUGCUCCUCCAGGCUAUGUCAUCGCCUUGGUGAGGGUCUCCGACCGUGAUUCAGGUGCCAAUGGCAGGGUGCAGUGCAAGCUGCUGGGCAAUGUGCCUUUCCGCUUGCAGGAGUAUGAGAGCUUCUCCACCAUCCUCGUGGAUGGCCGGCUGGACCGGGAACAGAGGGACCAGUACAACCUCACUAUCCAGGCGAAGGACAAUGGCAUCCCCUCCCUUCAGGCCACCAAGUCCUUUACUGUCAAGAUCACUGAUGAGAACGACAACCACCCCCACUUCUCCAAGCCCUACUACCAAGUCAUUGUGCAGGAGAACAACACUCCUGGGGCUUACCUCCUCUCUGUGUCUGCCAGGGACCCUGACCUGGGCCUUAACGGCAGCGUCUCCUAUCAGAUUGUGCCCUCUCAAGUCAGGGAUAUGCCCGUCUUCACCUACGUUUCCAUCAACCCCAACUCUGGGGACAUCUAUGCUUUGCGGUCCUUCAAUCAUGAGCAGACCAAGGCAUUUGAAUUCAAAGUCUUGGCCAAAGAUGGGGGCAACCCAUCCCUGCAGAGCAAUGCCACCGUCAGAGUUAUUGUCCUGGAUGUUAAUGACAACACCCCCGUGAUCACUGCCCCUCCCUUGGUCAAUGGGACCGCAGAAGUGUACAUCCCUAGGAAUGCGGGAGUUGGCUACCUAGUGACUGUAGUCAAGGCAGAUGACUAUGAUGAGGGUGAAAAUGGAAGACUAUCCUAUGAAAUGGUAGAAGGGGAUAGAGGAUUUUUUGAAAUAGAUCAAAUCAAUGGAGAGAUAAGGACCACCAGAGCAUUUGGGGAGAAUUCGAAGACCGCUUAUGAGCUCAUUGUAGUGGCCCAUGACCAUGGAAAAACUUCUCUCUCAGCAUCUGCCUUGAUUCUGAUAUACCUGUCUCCAUCUCUGGAUGCCCAGGAAUCCAUAGGAUCUGUUAACUUGUCACUGAUUUUCAUUAUUGCCCUGGGUUCUAUUGCAGCUAUUCUUUUUGUCACCAUGAUCUUUGUGGCAGUAAAGUGUAAAAGGGAUAACAAGGAAAUCAGGACCUACAACUGCAGAAUUGCCGAGUACUCGUAUGGGCAUCAAAAGAAAUCAAGCAAGAAGAAAAAAAUCAGCAAGAAUGAUAUCCGGCUGGUACCACGGGAUGUAGAGGAGACUGACAAAAUGAAUGUUGUGAGCUGCUCCUCCCUUACUUCCUCUCUCAACUACUUUGACUAUCAUCAGCAGACCUUGCCUCUGGGCUGUCGCAGAUCUGAAAGUACCUUCCUCAAUGUCGAGAAUCAGAACACAAGGAACACAGGGUCCAACCACAUCUAUCAUCACACCUUCACUGGGCAAAGUCCCCAGCAGCCGGAUCUGAUCAUCAAUGGAAUGCCAUUGCCAGAGACUGAAAACUACUCUUUUGAUUCCAACUACGUUAACAGCAGAGCCCAUUUAAUAAAAAGCAGUUCAACAUUCAAGGACUUAGAGGGGAAUAGUCUCAAGGAUAGCGGGCAUGAGGAGAGUGACCAGACUGACAGUGAACAUGAUGUCCAACGGGGCCUAUACUGUGACACCGCCGUCAAUGACGUGCUGAAUACCAGCGUUACUUCUAUGGGGUCUCAGAUGCCUGAACAAGAUCAGAAUGAAGGAUUUCACUGUAGGGAAGAGUGCCGGAUCCUUGGUCACUCUGACAGAUGCUGGAUGCCCCGGAACUCUGUCCCCAGUCGUGCAAAAUCCCCUGAGCAUGGAAGGAACGUCAUUGCACUCUCCAUAGAAGCUACCACUGUGGAUACAGAACCUUACGAAGACUGUAGUACAAAAAGAACUUUUGCAACAUUUGGCAAAGAAGGGAGCGAAACCCUCACUGAGGAGCGGGUUGUCAACCUGAAAGGAAAAAGAACAGUGGAUCUGCCUAUCUGCAGCCCAAAGGUAAAUGGCGCAGUCCGCGAGGCAGGGAAUGGCUGCGAAGCCAUGAGCCCCGUUACAUCACCCCUCCAUCUGAAGAGCCCCUUGUCUAGCAAACCUUCAGUGUCCUAUAACAUAAUGCACUGCUCAGUAAACCGUGACCUGGAGCAAUUUGUAAACAAUGGCCCUUCUCGGCCUACGGAGGCAGAGCCUAGGGGGGCAGACAGUGAAAAUGUAAUGCAUGAAAUUAACCCACUUCUGCAAGAAUGUAGAGAAAAGGACUCUCCAGGAGUGAAGAGACUAAAAGACAUAGUACUCUAAACAUCACCAUAUAGCAAGGAGAGACGACACCACUACAAACGCAUAUUGUUUUUAAUUGCUGACCAAUGGUUCACAACUUGCUGUAUUUAAAAGCUUUCCCUAAAUGUAUUGUUUAUAAAUGAAGCUAUUGUUAAUGUGACAAUCCCACUUGUUUCUACAGGCAGCAGGGGUGUUCAGUUUAAGCAAAUUAGCUCAUUUUUCUCUUUUCAUGUUGGGGGGGGGGCAAAGAUAAGAUCAGUUCAGUUGUAAGAAGUAUUAUGUAUUAAGUAUUUUGAAUUUAUAUAUUUUUAUAUCUCAAAACUCUAAUAUAAAUUACCAUUCUUUGUAAAAGAUUGAAUUGAAAACUUCUCCAGUCAUCUUUAGUAAUCACUAUGACGUGGGCAUUUCUUGUGUAUAACUGUUAAAAUAGCAAUUCGGUGACUUUUAAUAUUCACCCAACAAAGUUGUUUGUACUUUUAAAAUGUUGCUACUUUGCUGUGGACACCCCUGCAUUAAGAAUCCUUUUGCUGUCACAUGCUUAUCUGUACUAUUCUCGUAUUUGAUAUUGCAAAUUACUGUAUGUCUAGUGAUGGCAAAAGGCUUUUGAAUUAAAACAAAACAGAACAAAAUACCACAAACAUUAUAUUUAACACUUGGGGAAACUGCAAAUUUCAGAGCCAAUGUAGCAAGUGUUUGUUCCCCUUUCUCAUCACCCCUUGCAUCCUUCACUGUAAUUCCUAGGGCUACAGAAGAUCAUUGCAGAAAGUCAUGUUGGAGAUACUCUGCCUGGUUUUCCAGUUGUCAGAUGCACUGUGCUGAACAUUUUAUGAUAUCUGUUUCUUUAUUGUAAUUUCAAGCCACCACAUGGAAAAGUUUCUUCAGGAGUCCCUAAAUUGAGAUAUUCCCUGUCUAAUCAUCUCAGAGUCAAAGCAAUGGAAUUAUUUAAGAGAUCUAAAUUAGCAUCUCUGUUAGACACACACGUCGUGAUUGAACAUUUUCCAAUCAUGAUUAUGCUAAAUGAGUGUGUGUGUGUGUAUGUAUGUAUCUCAUCAUGGGAUGGAUUUUAGAGUUAUUAUUUCUCUUUUUCCCUGCAUUAUAAAUAGGUAUAGAGUAAGCAAUAGCAGAUACUUUUAGGAACAGACAGGUGAAAUAUAACAACACUACUAAUCAAAUGAAUGUGCCUUCCACAUGGAGAGAAAAUUAAAGUGAUUCAUAUUUUUUUCUCAUCACUAAGUAUAUAUUUUGCGUGGUUAUGAAUUUGCAUAUAUACAAUUGAUUUUGAAAAGACCAAGUCCAUUCCAUCUACUUGACUUUAACAGCCAUUUUAUAGAAUGGAAAGGCAUGAGGAUUUUCACAGAAUUGUAUAUUCUCUACUUUCUUGUAAUGGGUAAUUCCUCAAAUAGGUUUUGAGUGGGUGGGCUGGUAGGGGUUAGUACAUUAUUCUUAACCCUUCAUAGGACAGAUUUUUCUACUCAAAAUAAUAUUCCUUAGAGAUUAAAAGUUAACUAUGAGGAGGGAAACAAUAAAGACACUGCUAAUAAACUGCAAAUAAUGGUUUCUAGAGAAACAAUCUUUCUAGGUGUCACAUGUUUUGAUAAUAUAUUCGUUACUUUGAUUUAUUUAAAUUAAAAACGUCAACAGGAAAACAGGCUCCAAUCUUUAUUUUCCUAAAAAAGAAAUAAGCUCAAGUCAUUUCUUUAGAGAAGAUGAAUCAAAUGAAUAUGGUUAAGUUUGAGCUUCUCUAAAAUGGGUUCCCAGUUGUUACAUUACCAAUACAUUUUGAAAAUACCCUAUAAAAAGUAACUUCUAAUGUAAUUACUAGAGCUUUCUUUUCUGGUGUUAAUUACUACCUCAUGCAAGCUGAAUCCUAUGAGCUGGUGUGACUGCAUGCAUCCCUCUAAAAUGGAACCAUGCUUCCUUCCUUCUAUUACCUUCACUGGGAAGUUUGAUUCAUUUUCUUUUAAAUAGUACAUUCUUUUUAUUCUAGUUUUGUUUCAUAUCUGAGUACUGUACUGCUGUCAUUGACUAUAUAAUUUUUUGGAAAUAGAUGUAUAUGAUUAUAUGAGCAAUAGAGGAAACAGGGUGGUAUGGGGUUUUAUAGAGAUUGCCUAUAAUUACUAGGCUGGGUGUUUUGUUUGUUCUGAUGUUACUUUCUGAUGGCUUUAUUCAUAGGCAUUUAAAGUCUCUUUACUGAGCCACAGGAGGUUCCUGGGUGUCCCUGAUUAGUUAGCUGCAGAAGCUAAUCCUGGUUGGCCUGAUAUACAAUUUUUGAAAGAAGCAUUUUUGUGUGCAUGUGUGGGAGCAGUAACCCAACCUCAUUCUAUGGUAUCACCCCUCCAACACACACUUCCCUUGUUCAUAUAGCUCCCAAAAUGGCAAUCCUGCAACCUUUAGCAUGAGGAUGUCUCCCAAACUGUUUUGAUUUGGCCAGCUGAUAAGAUGAGUUGAAGUUUCCUUGAAAUUCUUAAUGAUUCCUGAAGAGGGGAGGAGUUCUUCACAAACCCAUGAGUUUCAUGACUAGAAUUUUUUUACAAAGCCCAUGAAGCCUGUUGUUCCUGUAACAAAUUAGUGAACCUAACAGUUUAAUUCAGCUUGUAUUUUGAGUUUUUAAUUUUUCAGGUGCCCAAAUAUAAAUUAAAUCAGGGGGAACUGGUUUGUCAAAUGGUACAAACUGAACAUGUCCAAGCUCCUCCAGACGGAACAGGGUGUAGGUCUCAUGGUGCUUGUAAGUCACCUGAUAAGAACUAGACCAACAGGUGACUGGUUUCCAAGAGGUGCUUCCCAGAAAUGAGUUGGAGGUAGAGAGCCAGCACUUGAUGGAUGUAUAGCCCCUGUUCCUUAGCUUCUCCUACGUCUCCAGGUAUACAACAGGUAGAGAUGUAUGUGCUAUGUAUACUUGCCUGGCCUUGCUUCCAUUUAAUCUGGCUCCCUGGCAUGAGAUAGGUUGGAGCAGAGUGCUGGCUGACAUCCAACACUGACCAGUAUCAUUAUUCUUGCUUUGGCUGACCAAGGCCUUGAUCCAGCUUCACUGAACUCUCCCAUUGACUUCCAUGGAGGCUAUGCUAGGACUUAACAUCCCAAAGCCAGAUAAUUUUACAGAGGGUGUUUACACUAUCCUUUACAGACCUGGGAGAAACUAUCAAUCAGGGUGAGGGAGAGGGGAGGACAGCUAAUUAACACCGAUUCUCCUGGCCCUGAACACUGUGCUGCAGAUCUGUGCAAAUUGGACCAUCCUAUUCCACCUCCUUCUUCCUAUCUAAAAAUAUAAUAGAUAGUGGCUGUACUGUCAACUAAUUGGUGGGUGUAAAAUGCAUGGGAGAGGCCAGCUGUUAAUUUCUGCUAAACAUGGGCCUCUAUUAUGCUGUUACCACUAGUGUGGUGUUUGGGUGAAAAUAGAUGCUAACUGAAAAGAAAAAGAAAGCAUUUCUCUAAUUCACCCAGAGGAAAUGUUCCUUGCUACUCUGAAUAAAAGCUCAGCCCAGAAAACGUGAAAUAAUUCUGUUUUAAAAGAGAGUAUUAAAGAGGUCAGUAAGCCCUGAUGCCUCCAAGACAAUCAUUUAAACAGCAGUCUCUUCCACCCUGGCCUGUGCUGCAGCUAGGGAUGUAGAGUGAGCAGAAGGCAGCUCCUAGACAUAUUGUUAUCAUGUGGAAAGAAAGAGAAACCAGGGAAGAACAGGUAAAGAUUUGUCAGCCACGCGAGUCGUACCUCUUUUCUAGGUAUUUUAUAUUGUCAGUUUUUUCUUUUUUGUUAUUCCAUAUCAGUCCAGAUUUUCUGGCUGAGCUCUGUUAAAUUUUGUUAGUUCAGCUAUAGCCACAUUUAGAUACGGCUGCCCCAAAAUCACAUUUUUUUUUGUGUGGAGAAGUUGUAACUAACACAUCCCUUGGUAACUUAAACUGUCAUCCAAUUUGACUUAGGAAAAUAAUUUUAAUAUAAUUGCCCUCCUUACCCCCCAUAUAUUUCUUUGUGGCAAACUUGCUCUGCCUACCUAUUAACACAGGCAAUAAGAAAUUUUUAGUAUUUUAUACCAAGUGUAAGGAAGGCCUGAUUUUCAGAGGUACCAAUGAUCCCCAACCCCAAAUGAAACCAAUGUUGUAUUGUGCGCUCAGCACCUCCUGGAGAUCAGACCUCAAAGGUACUGUGUGUGAGUGAAGACAUGACAUGCUCUGUUGGAAAUGUAACAUUUACCUACUCCAUGAAAUAAGUUUAGAAAAUUAUUUCAGAAAUGGAAUUUUCCUCUUCUUUACAUUGACACCCAUUACAGCAGUGGUUUUGUUUUUAUGCUAGAACAUACAAUGGGGGACUAUGAGGGGCAGGGGAGGGAAGACUGUCAGUUGAAAAAAAACCCCCAUAAUCUAUGAGCACUUAAUGCAUUAUCUUGAUGAAGUUGUCCCUGUUUUCUUGCAAAACUGGAGAUGGCCUGUGGAUCACACGUUGUGCAGAAGUGAAUUACUUUUUUUAAACAGGAAACAAGUUGCUUUUGUAAAGAACACACUGUUUGAUUAAUAUGUUGAAAUUACUCUAGGGGGAAAAAACUAAUUACAAAUGGAAACACAUUUGUCUGUCAUUGGGGAAAAUUGAUGAUCUUGUUUCUACAGCUGCUUUUGCAGCUACAAGUAAUCUUAUCCAACUUGUGAGUUGCAGUUAACCUUAGCAGACAAAACCCAGCUAACUCCACUCUAAGCACUGGUGAAAUUUAAUCUUAUACUGAGAUCAGCUGAUGUUCAGCUGGUAUGAGGUGGGAUAUAGUCUUUAAUGACAAAGAGCUGACCUAGUGCAAGCUAGUUUUCAGCAACAAAUACUUCCUUGCUAUUUAAAUGCUAAGGUAUUAGUUGCAGAAUGUCUUAAGUCUUACAGCUACUAGCUUCUGUAGCCCGGAGAACCAUCCUGAUGACACCAUUACUGUUCAUCUGCCCAAGGAGGGCAGGAUUUCAGUGGGACUUUAGUACAGUACGUUUCAUCAUGGUGUCUCUGUUGCUGAUUAUACGAAGAAUAAAUUGUUGUAUAUGCUGAUAUGUAUGUUAUGUACAUUUUCACAGUGAUUGAAUCAUUGUAAACAAAAAAAUGAAAAAAGAAUUACCAUUCUGUCUAUUUUAUGAAGAUAAAGCAGCUUUAUUAAAUUAUUACAAUUCUGUUUCAAAAUGGUGUACCUGCCACAAUGUUUCUUUCAUCUGAUGAGAAUUUUGUUUUCUACUUAAAUGUGAUUUUUUUUUCCCUCUGCUUUGAGAAUCUAAUGCAUUUUAGUAUUAAA